CUCCCGCUCCCCUUUGCCGCUCUCCGCUUUGGAGGGAUCAUUUCCAUUUGGUUUCGUUUCGUUUCACCCGAGGGCGAAGCGCGAGUGCGAGGCCGCCGCGCGUGGGAGCGGGCUGGAUUUGCGCGUCCUGUACCGCGCGCCCCAUGUGACGGGUCGCUCGCUUGCCCCCGCCCCCCCGCCGCUCUCCCCUCUCCCAAGUCCCUCCCAUCCCGCAAAGCAACAGCAACGCGCCGAGCGCCGAGCUGCCAGCCCCGGGGUCCCGGCCAGCCAAACCCACCCCCCACCACCCCUGCCCCGCCCCAAAAAGUCGAGCGAGCGAGCGCGGCACGGCAGGCAGCCAGCGGGCGGAAAGGCGAGUGCGCGCUCGUGCUCGUGCUCCCCGACCAGACUAGCUAGGCCAGCGUGCUAGCUAGCGCCAGCCAGCGCGGCGAUGCUGUUGCUGCACGCCCGCGACCGAUCUACCGCCGCUGCCGGGAUCUGACCGGGGACACGAUGUCGUCGGCGCCGGCGCGGGGCGUGAGGAGGCGGGCCGGGAGCGUGGCGCUCGGGGACCUGCUGCGGCGGGAGGCGUCGGCGGAGCGCGUCGCGGCGGCGGGGGCCGGCGUCGAGCGGCCCACGGUCGCGGCGGGGCAGGCCGGCCGCGCCAAGAAAGGCGAGGACCUCGCGCUGCUCAAGCCCGCCUGCGAGCGCCGCCCCGGCGCGCCGUCCACCUCCUUCUCCGCCUUCGCCCUGUUCGACGGGCACAACGGGAGCGCCGCCGCGGUGUACGCCAAGGAGCACCUCCUCGGCAACGUGCUCGGCUGCGUCCCCACCGAUCUCAGCAGGGACGAGUGGCUCGCCGCGCUCCCGAGGGCGCUCGUCGCGGGGUUCGUCAAGACCGACAAGGAUUUCCAGACCAAAGCUCACUCCUCGGGGACGACCGUGACACUCGUCAUAAUUGAUGGCUCCGUUGUAACUGUUGCUUCCGUUGGUGAUUCACGCUGCGUCCUUGAGGCCGAGGGAUCCAUCUACUAUUUGUCGGCCGACCAUCGUUUUGACUCUAGUGAAGAGGAGGUUGGACGUGUAACGGAAUGUGGAGGUGAAGUUGGAAGGCUAAAUGUCGUCGGUGGUGCUGAGAUUGGUCCCCUUAGAUGUUGGCCAGGUGGUCUAUGCCUGUCAAGAUCAAUUGGUGAUCAGGACGUAGGUGAAUAUAUCAUUCCUGUUCCUUAUGUGAAGCAGAUGAAGUUGUCUAAUUCUGGAGGGCGCCUUAUUAUUGCAAGCGAUGGUGUUUGGGACGCUUUAACUGCCGAAGUCGCUUUUAGUUGUGCACGGGGACUUUCUCCAGAGGCUGCAGCUGAUCAAAUUGUCAAGGAAGCAGUGGAAUCAAAAGGAUUGAGAGACGAUACCACUUGCAUUGUCAUUGACAUAAUACCACCAGAGAAACCAAAAUCCACUAUAGAAUCUCCAAAAACACCAGGAAAAGGCCUUGGCCUUCUCAAAAGCUUCUUUUUGAGGAAAACAGCAUCUGACUCAUUAUCUCUUGCUACCAAAGAUAAUUAUUCCGAACCAGAUUUUGUGGAGGAAGUCUUUGAAGAUGGAUGUCCAUCCCUUUCAAGGAGGCUUAAUUCUGAAUAUCCAGUCCGGAAUAUGUUCAAACUCUUUGCAUGUGCAAUUUGCCAAAUUGACUUGGAAUCUGGUCAGGGGAUAUCCAUACACGAGGGUUUGUCAAAGCCAGGAAAGCUGCGCCCCUGGGAUGGCCCUUUCCUUUGUCACAGUUGCCAGGAAAAGAAAGAGGCAAUGGAGGGGAAGCGUCAUUCACGAGACUCCUCAUCAAGAAAUAGCGGGUCAAGUGAAUAGUGCCCAAGGCCAAGUUAUCUUGAGGCAACUACCUAGCGGUGUGCACAACCACACAAGGGCUAAUGCUAGUUGCAAUUGGCAUUAUCAUGGUCCUGAAACAGAUGUUGGAGGCGCUGUGCUUAUAUACAUUGAAGAAGUUAUACAGUUCUGGAGUGUAGUUGCAAUCUGAUAGACUCUUGAUACCCAGCGUCUUUGGUGGGACUUCUGGCAGUCGCAGACAUGUAUAAUGCCAAGAGAUUGUUAGCGAAGCAUGUCAACAAUGGCCAAUAGUCAUGUAUAUCAUUCAUCGUAUAGAGGUGUGAGUGACAAAUAGCUGCGGUUUUGUAAUUCUCGACUAGAAUUAGGUAUUGAGACCCUGUAAUUCAUCUGAGCAGACCUCAAUUAAAGGUCAACGACAGUGUAGCUCGUCCUCGUCGUGUAGAAUGUAUGAUGCCCUAAAAUCUUCAUGAUUCAACACACUGUAAUUACUACAUCUAAGAAGAUCGUUGCAGAUCCUAUGAUUUUGUUUACAUAUGAACAUUGUAAAUACUAUGCUGAUAUGCGAGGCUGUACUGAAAUGCUGCAUUUGGUAUGUGAAGCUAAGCUGUCCGAGUUCAA